AACUGUCUUGAAGUAUAGAAGUACGUAUGCGAGCUGUCGCAGUUCUGCAACCAAAAACAGAAAUCCACAAAACCUGUUUGUGUUGUGUGUCAUUUGUACAAAGUAUCUGAAAGUUAGCUGACGACUUCGGUCAAAGAUGAAAAAGUUGCUAGACCUGUUAUUUGCCCAUUAAGGAAGACCUCGUUAUCCUUUUGGUUGUGUCAGAAAUUGAUAAGGACGGACAAAUCAUAACUGAUGACCGCGAAAGUUUGCGAUCAAAGUCCAGUUCUCCCCCUGCGGAAUAUCGGUUGCUUCUGUAAUUUGCUUCUGCAGUCUGAAGAUUUUACAGAACAGCACCAUGAGAUUGUCACCUUCCCAAAAUGGCGAUACUAACAGCGGCCAUCCCAAAGUCAUUGUGGAGCGCUUGAAUGCAGCGUUUCGCACUGGGAAGACCCGAUCAUAUGACUUCCGAAAAGCGCAGCUCACGCAGUUGCUGCGCUUUUUCGACGAGAACACCGACACUCUGUGUGAAGCACUAUGGAAAGAUCUGCACAAGCCUCGGCAAGAGGCCAUUCUGACGGAGAUAGAGAUAGUGAAGAACGAGAUCCGGAAGUGCCUGCAUGAUUUGAAGAAAUGGAUGGGACCGCAUCCGGUGGAAAAAUCCAUCUCCACUCUCAUGGACAAUCCGUACAUUCUGUAUGAACCCUACGGAACUGUGCUGAUUAUUGGCGCAUGGAAUUACCCGGUGAAUUUAUUGCUCAGUCCCAUGGUUGGCGCCAUCGCAGCUGGAAACUGUGUGUUGCUCAAACCAUCCGAAGUGUCUGAAAACACGGAGCGCACAAUUGAGCAACUGCUUCCGCGAUACCUGGACAAGGAUUGCUUCGAAGUUGUCUGCGCCGGUCCUGAAGACACUGGGAGAAUAUUAAAAGAAAAGUUUGACUAUAUUUUCUAUACUGGAAGCACUAUGGUCGGGAAGAUCGUGUAUGAAGCUGCAGCGAAGCAUCUUACUCCCGUUACGCUGGAACUUGGUGGAAAAAGCCCGGUUUUUGUGGAUUCGACAGCCGAUAUGUAUUUGACAGCCAAAAGGAUUAUGUGGGGAAAGAACCUAAAUGCUGGCCAGACAUGCAUUGCUCCUGAUUACGUGUUGUGUACUCCUGCCGUUCAAGGUAAGUUGGUCGAUGCAAUGAAAAAGGCUUCCAAAGAUUUGCUGGCCGAUCCUAAACAAGCUCCGGACUUCUGCCGCAUUGUGUCCACUCGGCAGUUCGACCGAUUGAAAGGAUUAUUGGAACAGCAAAAUGUUGCUUUCGGUGGCGAUGUGGAUACUACAUCCCGUUACAUUUCACCCACAGUGCUGAGGGACGUGGAUCCGGAAUCGCCCGUUAUGAAACAAGAGAUUUUUGGGCCGAUUUUGCCAAUUGUUCCAGUUAAAGAUAUCGAUUCCGCGAUUAAUUUUGUCAAUAGUGGCGAGAAACCAUUGGCCUUAUAUGUUUUCACAAACGAUAACAACGUGAGCGAUAAGAUUCUCAGGCAGACUACUAGUGGAGGAGCUUGCAUCAACGAUGUUAUUAUGCAUUGCGCAGUUGAUGCACUUCCGUUUGGCGGAGUUGGAUCCAGUGGAAUCGGUUCUUACCAUGGCUUUUCUAGUUUUGAAACGUUUUCUCACAAACGCUCUGUGCUACAGAAGAAGCUCGGAUGGGACUUUUUGCUGGCAUCACGUUAUCCUCCAUAUUCAAAUUCGAAAAUAAAUACCACCACGGCGUUGCUGAAAUACCGACCGGCUCUGCCGAAAUGGCUGGGAACAGCCAUUGUAUUUGGCGCCGGUGCCCUAUCUGGAUAUGUGCUUCGUCUCCUGACCAAUCCCCAGCAGCUCCCACGGGAAGUUAGGGAAGUUGUCUAUGGCGACGUUCCCAUGCAUGACGGCAUGUGAGCCUGGGCGCGGCAGUUCUCUUGUGGCCAAUGAUUUCACACUCGGUGAUUUGGUGAAUUAGCGGAAAAUGUUCGACGAUUUUCUCUUUUAUUGCAGCUGAUGAUAGAAACUAUAGUUUUUUCAUUUCUUGAUUUUUUUUGUUAUUACUUGGUGUUGGUGUGGUGUUGGAUUGGUGAAGGUGGACGGUGGUGAACGGAGUGUGUCAAUCGUGACGCGCCUUCGUAGAACUCUGCUGUUAAGAGUCAUUUUAAAAGUCGUUUUACUGAAAAAUUAAAUAUUUUCAACAUUUAGCGAGAAGAAAUUCAGGUCCACUUCAAAAGUUUGCCGGCCAAUGGCUCAAUAAACAAUUUGCCCGGUGC